UUUCUGGGGAAAUAGCCCUCCUUAAUUUAGCUGUGUAAACAUUUGCAAAUGUACGUAGCUAUAUAUGGAAUUCUUUGUGCUUGCUGUCUGCUGAAGCACUUGCUACAUUUGAGUCUCUCAUGAAUAGUUUUACAUCAUUAACCUAAAAGGUCCCCUGCUAAAGUAUUUGCAACACCAACUCUCUUAUGUAUAGUUUUACAUCAUUAACCUAAAAAGUCCCCUGUUAAAGUACUUGCAGCAUUGACUCUCUUAUGUAUUGUCUUACAUCAUUAACCUAAGAGGUCCCAUAUGUUCUUCCUUAAUUUAAUGCAAAGAAAAUAUGUGAAGCAGAGCACCCAAGGGUGUAGCUUAGUGAUCAAUGAAGUGGAUUCAGAACCAUGAGAAGGCAAAAAUACUAGGUGAUUUCUUCCCAUUUGUCCAAGCCUUGGUAGACAGAGUUACCGAAUACUUGCACUAGUGGGAGGUAGCAGGUACCUCGUGAAAUUAGUUGAGAUGCGCGCAAGCUGGCUUAGACACAUUAUUAUAAAAAAUAAAAUAAAAAACUAUGUGAACUUUCUUAAGUUGCUUCUACAUUCAUGCUUGCAACAUACUGCAUGUUAUCCUUGAAAGGACAAGGUAGCUGAAAGUGAUGCUUCAGUAACAUGGUUAAUGUUAUUUCACAUGCAUUUCAUAUCAUCUAUGCUUUUCACAAACCAAAUCCUCUGUUCUCCCUUCACUUUGUAUAAGUUUGCUCUUAACACAUUCCUUCUUGUACUGGAAGAUCGUGCCUACCUUGUGAGUUGUUUUGAAGAAUUACGUGUUUAAGGAUGUUUGCAGGUACAACGAGCCCAAAGCGAAUCGCGAAGAUGCUGAAAAAGAUCAUUCAAUUCUCAAGAAGAUCCAGUUUCAGGCGUGCUAUCGAUGAUUGGGACGACGAUGUGGCCUCAUUGCCAAAAGAUGUGAAGGAAGGGCAUUUUGUGGUGCAUGCAAUUGAUGAUGGUAAACCGAGGAGGUUUGUCGUAGAUUUGAGCUAUUUGGCGGAUCCAGGAUUUGUGAGGUUGUUGGAGCAAGCUGAGGAAGAAUUUGGUUUCGAACAAGAAGGGGUUCUUGCUGUCCCUUGUAGGCAUAAUGACUUGGAGAAAAUUCUUGAAAGCAGGAAGAAGAACAAGAGAUGAUCUUAAGAGAUGAUCUUUCUUUCCUCUUAUUAAUUUUACAUCCCUUUAAAGGUUUGUUGAUUUGUAGGAUAUAUGUUAUACUUUUUAUAAUGGUUGUCACCUUUUUUUCUCCCUCCAUUUUUCAUUUUGUUGAUUGAAAGAGAAUAACUGCUAUAUAUUGAGUAAAUAGAGGGGUUGUUAUAGUAAUUCGGCCCUUUGCUAGCCCCUUCUGAUAGCACCUCAAAACCAUCCCAUUCAUCCAAAAAAAAAAAAAAAAAAAAAAAAAAGAGAGAAGGAAAAGACCUUUAUGUUUGUCUGAUGAUCUUUAUUCUAGGGGAAUGACCAUAACUGGCUUUCUUUCUUUUGUGAAAUUGAGCUUGAAAUCUCUAUGUUUUUUUUAUUCUACCGAAUAUUUGUUAUUUCUCAUGAGCACGGAAUAAUGUAGGAGAUAUGUGAUUCUGAAUGUCGUGGAGUGAGUGUUCAAGAGUAUGGUUGAAAUUGUGGGAUUUUAAGAAAUAGUAGUUGUUUCAUUUUUAUAGCGUUUUUACGGGUUAUUCAGUUGUAACUUGCGCAAGAAUUUGACGUUGUGUUACCAAUAUUGACGUUACAAAUCAUUGAAUCAGCUAAACUUGAAAUUCAAGUAUGAAUUGCCACAUAACAUAAUCAAAAGAGAAGGCUAUUCUGAGAUUUGACAAUCAA